UCGGGGCGCUUUCCGCCUCUGCGGGGUAGGAAAUCCUCUUCUGGACUCGAAAUUGCAACAGAUUCUCAGAUAACGUUCUGCCUUUAAAGACGUGCAGCUGCUCCAGUCCCAGCCCUCCGCUAGCCCCGAGAUGACACGCCCGCCCACCUGCCACCUAGGUAUCUACCCAGCCUCUGAGCUCCGUCUGGCGGGUGCCGCCUUGGGUGGUCGCUGUGCCAGGCGGCAGUUGUCCUCCAGGCUGUGCCGGGGAGACAGAUGCAUUUCCACAGGGCCCCUGGCACGGUGCUUUCUGAGCCUUGAGUAAGCAUAGCUGGAGGUUGGGGAGGGGCUGCGUCCGGUCAAGGUCCUCCCUGGGCAAGGGUGCUAAUAGCCUGGUGACCUCACUCGGGACAGAUAUAAAUGAGCAGUCGGUCUUCUGGAUUGGCUGGAGGUUGUCUAAGGACCACCUGGGCUGUGCGGAGGCGCAGGCUGUUAGGUUAGCAGUGUGCCUGAAAUGCAGGCCUGGGGGCCCAAGUGCUUGUGGUUGUGAUAUUGGUGUUGAGGUUUUUCCCCAGCUGUUUAUUCCUGUCAGGAGUCUGUCUGCCUUUCCAGAGCCAACAGAAGCCCUGGAAGGUGGUUUUUCUUAUUUCUGUGUAUGUUUGCUGUGACUUCCAGGCAAUUGCAGGGGGCAAAAAUGGGCAAAAAACUGUCUAUUAUUUGGCAGAUGUAGCUGUUUACCUUACUUGAGGGCAAGGGUUCCAUCUUCACUUUCUUGCCCUAGCACAUAGUAGCCACCUUGAAAUAUUGACUUAAUGGCCUUAAGAAGUGUGCAGGUUCUUUUCUUUUUAAAGGAUACAGGCUGGGAGAAACAAACUCAGGUAAGAAAAGAUCAAAAAAUCCCUCAAAGGUUUUACAGUUACCAUUUCUGGCCGGUGGUACUACUCCCACAUGCACUUCCUUUUAUGCUGAAGGUUGGUCCUCAUCUAAUCUUCUCAGCCCUCAGAUAAAGCUGUAGGUGAAGCACUUAUCUAGUUACGAGUAGUCUGUUUAGAAGCAGACCAUGUCUCAUUCGUCUUUGCCUGGCAGGGAAUAGGCCAGAGGUUCUCCCUGAAUGGUUGUUGAAAUGAACCAUGGUGCAGUGGUUUUUUGUCGGGGUGAAGGAUGACCUUCAGAGGAUACAGAGGUAAUCUAGUAAUCUAGGCAGGCUUUUCAUAACAAUAACAAAAUUCACCCCCUGAAUUUGCAAGUUCCCCUGCAGGUGGGCCCCACUAGCUACCACUGACCACAGCUGCCAGGACUGUCCAGCAGGCCAGGUGACCUUGGGCACACUGUAUUGCUCCUAAUUCUCAUUACCGUCUGAGCCAACCUCAGAAAAUAUGUUUAAGUGUUUGCUUUUAGAUGGUUUCUGGUUUAAAGUGAAGAAGGACAAUGAAGCAGGUUAUAAAAAAGCACUUAACAUUUACCCUGUUCAGAGUUUGACCUGUUUGAGCAUACCUUCUCUGUUGUGACAACUCUGUACAGGGAAGAAAGAUGCCCUUUUCAACUCGAAGCAGCAGUUUCAGUGGCUGUUUCAAGUGUCACUUUCCAAAUGCAGAUAACAUCAAAGAAACACCACCUUAUAAGACCAGUAAUCAACUUGAAUUCAUGAUUUGUUGAGUUUCAUUAUUCUCUCAAUAUACAUUUAUCCAAAUCAUACUUCACACGAUGCCCUGUGUUCUGUGGCUACAAAACUGAGUGCACCUCUGCCCUUGAGGAGCUUACUGUGCGGUGGGGAGAUGGGCCCAUGAACUUCACUGUGGUAGGUGCACCUGUAGAAAUGGACAGAGCUUGACAUGAGCUCAGAGGAGUAGAAUCCAGCUGGCCUCUAGUGGGGGCUCCUGAGAAGGGCUUGAGUUAAAUUUUGAAGAUUGAACGGGAGUGGCAAGACCAUGUGAGGGAGACUUCCAGGCAAAGGGACAGUGUGUGAAGUAUGGGGCACACCCUCCCACGGGCUGCUGGGAGAAGGGCAGAGGAUAGCUCCAGUGGUUGGGGUGAAGAGAGGGAGAUGAAGUUAAGGAGCUAGGCUGGCGGCAGAUCAGGAAGGCUUUGAGUACCAGGCCUGAACUUAAAUUUUACCCUGAUAGCUGUGGUGGGCCCACUAAAGGAUCUUGGGUUUGUGAGUGACUGGUUAGAUUGUGCUCUCAUGGGUGACCACGCAGUUGUGGCCAGAAUGGGCUGCUGAAGGGCUGCCCUGGGUAAAGGGUGCCUAACGGGACACUGUAACACACCUACCAAGACAAAAAGCCCAGUACCGAGGAAGGGCAGUGGGGAUCAAAAAGAGAGCAAGACCAGGAGACAAUUGGCUGUGGGGAUGGGAAGGGCUAGGGAUAAAGGAGGACUUAGAGAACACUCCAAGACUGGCUUACUGGCAGCUGGUAGGGCCAUGCCACACACAAUAUGCAGGAAGGGAGCAGGCCUGGGAAUGGAUGAUGACUUUGAAUACAGGGAUGUUGAGCUGAGGGUGGAUAAGACUUCCUGGGUAUAUGUUGAUCUGGAGCCAAGGAGAGCAAACGGGGUUCAAAAGCAUUCUGGGCACUUGUUCCUGUGUGGCACUGAAGCCAGAGAGUAGAGUGGGAGAGUGUACGGAAUGAGGAAAAGAAUACCGAACCCUAGAGGUACCUAAUGUUUUAUGUCUGUAAAACACAGAGGAAAUAAAGUAACAAAACUGAUUAAUAAGCUCUUGCCUUUGUGGAACAUGGAGGCAGAAUAGUGGGUUUUUCAUUUCUGUCACAGAGCCCUAGUUUGUUGGUUAAACAGCAAAAUGGAAAAUACUAAAGUUACAAAAUCACACAAUUGAUUCCAGAGGCCUUCCUGUCUUGUAUGUUUAUUUGCCUUUUGGGAAGCUUCCAGAUUGUCACUCAUCUCAAAGGACCACCUUCCCCUCCAGACAGAGGGUUGGUGCUCUCAGACCUUUCUCGCAAUUAGAUCUCCGAAAUAAAACCUUCUGAGACAUAGAGACAGAUCCGAGGUUGCAGAGUUCUCUGGGUCCUCUUGCUCUCCUUCCAGGACUCCAGUUUCUGUGUAAUAGAUCAGCAUUAGCAGCAGGUGGGAAAAAUUCUUGGGGAUACAGAGGCCAGGAGCGUAGUGCCCCCUCCCCAGUCUUUCUCCCACAGUGAGGGGCACACAGGAGAGGCUGAGGAAAGGCUCAUGUUGCAAAAGGAGUCUCUGCCCACAAGGCAGUGCAUGGCCCUGCAGGCCUGUGCCAACCUCUGGAUAAGUGCUGUUUGUUAGCAGUUACCUUUGUCUCUUAUGGAACCUACUCACUUGGAGCAUGUGAGACAGGAUCUCCUUCUGUCUUGUGCAGUUAAAUUCCCCCACCUGGCCAUGGGACCUUAUCUGUCUCAGCCAGGUAUUGCCCAGGGCUCUGCUGGCAGGGGUCACAUGUGAGCCAUUGAGGUUUCUCCCUCCGUCCCGCCCAGACUGCGCUCUCCCUUUACAGGUGAUUGAGAAGGCACUACACGUGGCUUGGCCUGUUUCCCAUAAUCUGAAACUGUGUGUUUGCCUAAUUGUUACACAAUUUUAAUUGGAUACCACACAGACUAAGGGUUGUUGUUUACCUAUAGGUGAUUCUGUUACCAAUAAAAGCUCUUCUGCUGUGUAGUGUGCUAAAUGUAUUCAUUACCUGUGUCCCCACCAAAAGUUUCCCUGGUUUCUGCCCCUUCAGCCUUUCCUUGUGUCAGUUUGCCAUCACUCCCUGAUAAUCUUCUGUAAUUCCUUUUUCCUCAAGGAUUGUUCCAGCCUUCAUAACUUGGUUAACCUGUGGGCCUUAGAAAGAUCCCAUGUAUACAUUAACUCCACCUGCCUCUGAUUUCUUUCCCUGCCUUCCUGGACUGUCCCCUCCCCACCUCCCAGCCCACAAGAGCAUUCUCCUUCCUCAGUGGCCCCGUGAACCCCAGGACUCUGUCUUGGACCCUUUGGCUUCUUGGAGCCCAUGAAGCUGGACUGUAGAGCUGCCUUUGACUCUGCACCAUGAAUGACCCGCACCGGCCUGCCUGCUUAAAGAGCUGAAGGGCUCCCCAGCCCCAAGUGGCCGUGCUCUCCAAGACCUGUCCUGUGCCCACACUGUUUCUGCUGCUUCCUAGGCAAAGGCCUUCUCAGUGUUCAGGAUUUAACUGAGGCAGGUGCUGGCUUAGGGAGGCUUUCCAGGCCCCUCUUUCCUCACAGGCUGGGCACCCGACACCCUGUGCUUUUCUCUCAUAGCAUCUGCAUCUGAGUUGGCAUGGUCAGUACACCCGUGUCCCCACAUCCAGAAGCUCAUUGAGAGCUAGGGCUAGGCUUUACAUCUUUGUAUUCCAGCACUUGAUGCACUGGCAUUCAGGAAGUGUAUCAAAUGCCAAUUAAAAUGAUUAAACCUGAAAGAUUCCCUCCCAUCCCAGCUCUGUUGUCAGGUCUGAAGAUACCUGACUAGAGCCUGCUAUGUGCCCGGCCUUCCAAGGCACACCUGUCACAGGCACUUUGCUUGGAAUUCAGACCAGUCAAGAUUCUAGCUUCCGACAGCUGGGUUCUCUUCCUCUGCUUCUCGUUCCAUGCAGCUAGCUGAUUUCUCCUGUGCCCUUUGUGGUGGUUUCCCCAGACUUACUGCUGAGCUCAGAAGAUAAAUACCCCAGGUUAGCAGAGCCCCAUUCCAACCCCAGCCCCUGCCUAUGGGUAGACCAGACCUGGCUGGGAAAAAGGUUUUCUGCCCAAGAAUGGGACUCAGGGAACCUUUUUGAAUGGCUGAUAAGGUUAGGAAUCUGCCCUGCUCAGGUCCCACCCAUAGGCUCAGGUGCCCUGGUAAAACCUGCAUUUGAACUUGUGGCCAGUGGCAGCAGUUGGCCAACCAACUGGCCUGAGGUGCUGUGACUAACACCUCCUUAAUAGUUCCACCCCUUUAUACCUGGCACGUGCCCUCCAUUGUGUGCCAUCAGCAAAGGGCCUACUAUCAAAUUCCCCGUUCUCUGGCAGCCUGGUAGUCACUGUUGGAAUGCCAGUCACCAGCAGUAUUUGAAAAAUCCCUUUGCUCUGCCUUCUCAUCGUGUGAAGAUGUCUGCUGGGAAGAUCACACCCCUAGAACAACUUGGCGAAUAUUCCCUGUUGUUAUUAUUUAGAAUUAAAUUUUUCUCUUGGGCCUGGGUGGCUUGGGAUUUUCCUGAGUCUCCAUCUGUUUCGUUCUUUCAUUUCCACCUUCCUGGUGUGAGACACCAGGGCUCAAAAGCCACAGUACAGUAGAACAGCUGGACUCAUUGCAGACCAUCACCACAGUGUGCCAAGUUGAAACCAAUUUGAAUGAGGAGAGGUGGUGUGCAGGGAUGCCAACCUCAGCCCUGCCUGGGAUAUCGGAAGGGCUGGAAGGGCUGGUGAAGGAGAGGGCAUUUGGGCCAAGGCUUGAAGCCAAUUGGCCUGAGGGGAGAAAGGAGAACAGGUGCGUUCUGCCUUUCUUACUUUCCACUGUCAAGGUUCCUGACACUGCCACUGGAGGGCAGGUAGGGCCAGAUCCUGAAGGGGGGUCAGGGGCAGGAAAGGGCUUCAGGUAGAGUGGGGCAGAGCAAGUUGAGAGUCAGAGCUGAGUUGCAUUGGUGUCACAGGGAGUAUGUGAAGGUUGGAAGACUUAAGGAAAGCAAUUGGAGGUAUGGGACUUGAGUUCACAAGAGAAAUCUAGGCUGAGAAGAGGAGGGACUGCACAAAAGGGACAUUUGAGGGACAAGAGCAUCAGCAGCAGGAGAGGUAAACAGACAUAUAUGAGGGAGGGGCUUCAGGAGGCCCAGGGAGAGGAGAGCUGAGAACAGUGGGGUCAGCACUGGGCGCUCCAGGGAGGUAAGGGCUCAGAGGUAUCAGGUCUGGCAGCCGGGUGGUGAGGGAGGAGAUGGAUACAGCCUGCUCUCACCAGAAGCUUGACUGGGAAGGAAAGGAGAGACUAAGCUGGAGUGGAGUAUCGUGUGCUGUGUUUGGGGGUUUGGGGGCCUGUCUGUAAUGGCAGAGAGGGUGCACUAGAGAUGCAGGAGAGUUCAGGUCCCCAGGAGCUGAGAUCCAGGAUCAAGGGUAGGGGAAUGCAAACUGAGGGCCAGGGUCUGAGAGAAGAGGAGGCUCUUUCCUGACACCUGUUUCUGGAGGACAGUGAGAGGCGUGAAGCAGUAAGCUAGUGCGGGGAACCAGAGAGGGUGCUGGUGAGACGUGAGAGAAGGGCUGCCAGGUGGCUCUGAGGGCUGCAAGCAGGGCAGUCUGAUUUUUUCCCCUUUGCAGUUGGUGUGCAAGAGUGGAGAAGCACGCUGUCAGACUGGCUUCUUGUGGGGGUUUUGCCUGAUAGCUGAUACAGGAGCACAGGAGAGAUGGGAGCUGAGGCUUGGAGGGAUGGAUCCAGGCUGAGCAGACAAGUAAAGCCAUGAAGGGCUGAUGAAUGUUCUCGAUGCAGGAGAAACCGGAAUGAUCUGGUCAUUUACCAGAACUCACUGAAGCAAGCCUUUGUGAUAUCUCGACAGUUGUACCAUCGCAGGCAGAAAGGAUAUAGCAUGGCAAACAGGUUAGCAGAAGAGCCUCAGAGAGGGGGCUGCUGGAUUUAGCUGCUCUUUGCCCCCUCCUAGCAGCCCAGAGCCUCCUCACAGGCACACCCUUCACGAUGGACUCCCCGGGGUACAACUGCUUUGUGGACAAAAACAAGAUGGAUGCCGCCAUCCAGGACCUGGGGCCCAAGGAGCUGAGCUGCACCGAACUGCAGGAGCUAAAGCAGCUGGCGCGCCAGGGCUACUGGGCCCGCAGCUACGCCCUACGGGGAAAGGUGUACCAGCGCCUGAUCCGGGACAUCCCUUGCCGCACAGUCACCCCCGAUGCCAGUGUGUACAGUGACAUUGUUGGCAAGCUCGUGGGCAAGCACAGCAGUGGCAGCCUGCCUUUGCCUGAGUUUGUGGACAACACGCAGGUGCCCAGCUACUGCCUGAACACGCGGGGCGAGGGCGCUGUGCGUAAGAUCCUGCUGUGCAUCGCCAACCAGUUCCCGGACAUCUCCUUCUGUCCUGCCCUGCCUGCGGUCGUGGCCCUGCUGCUCCACUACAGCAUCGACGAGGCCGAGUGCUUUGAGAAAGCCUGCCGCAUCUUGGCCUGCAACGACCCCAGCAAGAAGCUGAUUGACCAGAGCUUCCUGGCCUUCGAGUCUUCCUGCAUGACGUUCGGGGACCUGGUGAACAAGUACUGCCAGGCAGCCCACAAGCUGAUGGUGGCUGUGUCCGAGGACGUCCUGCAGGUAUACGCGGACUGGCAGCGCUGGCUGUUUGGGGAGCUGCCCCUCAGCUACUUUGCUCGCGUCUUUGACGUCUUCCUGGUGGAAGGUUACAAGGUGCUGUACCGUGUCGCACUGGCCAUCCUCAAAUUCUUCCACAAGGUGAAAGCUGGGCAGCCGCUCGAGUCAGACAACGUGAAGCAGGACAUCCGCACCUUUGUCAAGGACAUUGCCAAGACUGUGUCUCCCGAGAAGCUGCUGGAGAAAGCAUUUGCCAUCCGCCUCUUCUCUCGGAAGGAGAUUCAGCUCCUGCAGAUGGCCAAUGAGAAAGCUCUGAAGCAGAAGGGCAUCACUGUCAAGCAGAAGAGUGUUUCACUUUCUAAAAGGCAGUUUGUGCACCUGGCUGUUCACGCGGAGAACUUCCACUCGGAGAUUGUUAGCGUGAAGGAGAUGAGAGACAUCUGGUCGUGGGUCCCUGAGCGGUUCGCCCUCUGCCAGCCCCUCCUGCUCUUCUCCUCACUGCAGCACGGGUACAGCUUGACCAGGUUCUAUUUCCAAUGUGAAGGACAUGAGCCCACCCUCCUGCUCAUCAAGACCACGCAAAAGGAGGUGUGUGGAGCUUACCUGUCAACAGACUGGAGUGAGAGGAAUAAGUUUGGAGGCAAACUGGGCUUCUUUGGGACUGGAGAAUGCUUUGUGUUUAGGCUGCAGCCCGAGGUCCAACGCUAUGAGUGGGUGGUCAUCAAACACCCGGAGCUGACCAGGCCCGUGUCCAUGGAACCCACCACCACUCCUUCCUCACUCUGCCACUCCACGUCCUCAGACCCCGCUGACCGUCUCUCGCCGUUCCUGGCUGCUCGGCACUUCAACCUACCCUCCAAGACUGAGUCCUUGUUCAUGGCUGGGGGCAACGAUUGCCUCAUCAUAGGUGGAGGGGGCGGCCAGGCACUGUACAUCGAUGGGGACCUGAACCGGGGCCGCACCGGCCACUGCGACACCUUCAACAACCAGCCGCUGUGCUCUGAGAACUUCCUCAUCGCUGCUGUGGAAGCCUGGGGCUUCCAAGACCCCGACACUCAGUGACAGGCGUGAGCCUCCAGUGGCCGAGCUGCUGCCGUUGGAGCCUGAAGCUUCUCCUGGGCCUCAUUGUGUGUUAUGCCUGGAGAGGCCACCAAGGGAGGGGCCCUCUGACUGACCCGAAACCAGCCAGCUCCAUUUCCAGGGGCCUGCCCAGAGAAGCCUGGACCCAUGGAAUCUUCUUCAGCCCUCCUCCUCUCCAGCCUGGGGCCUCCUUAGCUCCCUGCAAGUCCCUGCAGCUGCCCCAUUUUGCUGCAGUGACCUGGGCCCCAGGAUCCCAUCUAGACCCCUCAGGGGCAUUCUCCUCUCCCAGCCCUGCCCCCUCCCCUUCACUGGGCUCCACAUGCCCGUUCACUGGGGCUGCACCCUCCCCAGCUCCCUGCCCACGUGGCUCCUUCAUGAUUCUUCCCACUGUGUAGCACAAGUUCUCCCUCUGCGUCCCUCUGCCUCCCUCUGCCAGUACUGUGGUCGGCCACAGAACGUGGUUUCCCCCACCCUCCCUGCCUGGCCCUAACCUGGGCCUAUGCACAGUAGGUGCCAAGUGAAGACUGGCCAGUGAGCAUUGCAGGGAGCGGCCCUCUCACCCUGUGACCUCCCUCAGCUGGUCCUGAGGGCCUGGGUACCCCAGCGGGAAGAAGGGAGAAGCAGACACCCAAGCAGCUGUGCCGGGACCAGGGCAGCCUGGGCCACAGAUGCCAGGGGGUCUUGCCCCUCAGGUCGAUUCCCACUUGACUCUACCCCUGUCAGUGUCCCCACACACCACACCCCUGUCCUCCACACUUUGCUUGCUCUUCCCGUGGGGCGCUCAUCCUCCUCUGCCCACCUGCUCAUGUCUCCCCUGAGCCAGGCCAUAAUGGUACAGAAAGAUGGACCAGGAACCCUGUGUGACUUUGAGCAAGCCAGUGAGCCUCCCUGGAACUGUUUCCCCAACUAUAAAAUGGGGCCAGUCACCCUGCUCUGCUGUCCCUAUAGGACUGUUGAGAGGCUCUGAGGGGGACAGUGACUUCCUGUGAAAGGGAGAGGUUCUGGGAAGUGGUGUCACAGCACCACCCCCGCUGCAGCCCUUGCUGUCUCCCUUCCUCUGAGCCCACAGCCCUCAUCUGUACUCGGUGUUCAUUAAACACGGUCUCGUUACAUGAA